CUUACUAUUACAUAACUUUGAAAAAUUAAGUCCGCGAGCGCUUUAGCGUAUGAUGCACAGCAUAAAAUACUGCAGUAUUUGCAAAUCGAGUCAAGCUGUUAUUUUUUAAGACAUGCUGUCUUAAGUCUAUUAUCCGAGACAUUAAUACGGACUGGUUAGCCUACUAUUUACCGCACGAAAACACAACGUUAAAAGAAAACCAGUCUAUAGAUUAAUGAACUUCAUCUGUAGGUCAAGUAACCGAUCCAGGAUUCCUUAUAGGCGAUUCAAAUCGGUGGCUUUCACUUUCAUUUUCUCUACAAAGAUUUACAAAGGCGACAUGCUCUGAUGGAUCUUUGCGAGAUGUAAUAACGCAGAGGGAAUUCUUACAUUUUAAAGGCUUCAGCAGUUCAAAUAUUACAGAACUCUUCUUAGGCGGCGUCCGACUGGCAGUGUGCGCCUGGUCUUGCUGACCGCACUGCCUGCAUGAGCUGGAGCUAUGGGAGCGCUGCACAGCUGGGCCCCGCACUAGAAUGGUCCAGCACAAUGGCCCGGACCGCGCAGCUGUGCCACGGGACACUCUGAACCCAACCGACAUUCCGGCCACGCAGCCCUCCCCGCCGACUCACUUUCGCCCCUUCCGCCGGCAGCAGGAGUGCUCGGUGGUGGCACAAGCCAUGAAGUACCUGGAGAACAGUGGCUUCUACUAUGGCCCACUGGAGGUGGACGAGGCACACGCCCGCCUGGCCCACCUCCCCUUGGGCACCUUCCUCAUCCGCGAUAGCACACAGACCGAUGUCUUCUUCACGUUGAGCUACCAGGCCCCCGAGGGCCCCACCAGUGUACGAGUGCUGCUUGGCGACGAGGGGUUCGCGUUGGACGGUAGCAAGCACGCCUUCCCCUGCCUUUUCGCCCUGCUGGAGUUCUACAUUGCGUCACCUAAGAGAAGCCUCAGGAACCCGUACCGUGGGACGUCAUCCCAGACGCUCCAGGAGAUUGCGCGGCGGGCUGUGGUGCGCGUGUAUGGGCGUGACGGCCUGGAAGCACUGCCCGUGAGCGCCACAGUCAGGAGCUAUCUGCAGCUGUAUCCUUUUGGCAUAUGAGAGGACCAGGAGUGGGCGGUGAGUUACGCGCCUCUCCUCGUGUGCCCACACAUGGGUUAACUUAAUAACAUGCUGGUACUGAAAGCACUACCACAGGACUUGCUCCUGGCUUCAUUCGCCUGCCAUGCAGACAGAAUAUGUUUCAUUUCAGUUAGUCGUCAGUACAAAACAGAAACAAAUAUUUUGUCUGGAACUUAGUAAAUGUUGUUUAUGCCACAUUUGACAAUUAGGCUGUAGCAUAUAAUGGUUUCUUUUGAGAAUGACAAAGUACUGUAAAAACUAGAACAACUGCUGUAUUUUAAAUAUUUGUACUAAUUUAUAUGUAGUGUUUCUUUAUAUUUACCAAUAAAGCAAUGUGGUAAUAACAAAUAUUGUUCAAAGCACAUCUUAGCAGAUCUGAUAUGUAUGUGUUUGGACAUUCUUGCAUAGAUAAAAAAAAGCAUUAUUUGCUACCACUGUUAUGUUUCAAUCUUAUUAAAGCAAUUUUUGUAAAACUAUAAAGCCUCGCUUUGAUACACAUGCCAAUAAAUCA